AUGCAAGUUAUUCAAUUGAUCUUUCCACACCACCUUGUCUCUGCAGAUUUCCAAGGUGUGGAGGAUAUCCUGCCUGUGGAAUACAAGCCUGCUAUGGAGCAGUUUCUAUACCUGCAGAAUGCUCUGGCCUACAAGUAUAGCAAAGUGUACAAAAAGCCAAAUUUUCCUCAGAAUGAGAAUUUUAACUGGGUCUAUGCCACAGAGGAUCCUGAUGAUGAUCUGUUCUUUGCCUUUCAAGGUGUAGCCGACACAGCAUAUAGUGAUGAUACCCGACUAUUACCUGAUGAAGACAUCAGUAUCACUGUACCAAGGCAGGUGCUGGUCUUUAGAGAGGAGGAUGGUAAUAAUGAUGAAUGGGUUGACAAUCCAACCUAUGCUACUGAUGGUUUGGAGUGUUCAGAUUGCAAAGAUGAUGAAAAACUGCCCCACAAGAUGCAAUGAACAGGAGGGAAUGCAAAGAGGAAGAAGGCCAGCAGCUGUGCUACCAUUGUAGAAAGGACCAGUGGACAGCAUCCACAGCGCAGGAAAAAUAAAGAGACCUUAGGGAGUAUGUAGAGUGUCGCAGACGUAUAGGCG